UAAUGGUGAGAGGCUGAAAGUUUCAGCAUCAAAUCCUUGGUCGGGCAAGAUGAAAAAGUGGUGCAAAACGUUCUGAACAUUUGCGUUAGCAAUAAUGAGCGGUCAUUCAAUGGCUGCCUCGGUGCACAACUCAGGGCCACAGACCAGCGCUAUCGCCACUGGUAGCCAAGGAUCGGGUAGUGGCAUACAGUCCUCUCACCACCCCACAACACCGUUGGACGGCGAGAAACUGUCUGCCCGGAAAGCUCGCAAAGAAGCGGAACGACAGAAGAAACAGGCCAAAAAAUACGAGGAGCAACUGAAAAAGAUACGCGGACCGAAAAGCCAAAAGUUGCAAAUUAUCGACGAAAGCUUUCUGGAAAAGUACCGGCACGUGCAAUCGUUACCUCCCGGGCCGACACUGAAGACGAAGAAGCGGUCGAAAAAGGCCCCCACCGACGUUGUACAGAUCAAUCUAUCGGAAUGCAUUCGGGAGCAGUUGGCCGUGGGCGAUCGCAUGGAACCAAAACCGAUUGUACCGAUCGUUCCACAGCAACCGUUGCUACUACUGCACAAAGGCAAACAACGGGAAGUGCCAAAGGAGAAAAAGCUGUCACGGCUGAAGAAGGACAUAAUUCGAAGCCGCACGGAAAAGGGUGCUACCGCUGGACAACAAAGCUCGGACCAUGGAGGCACAGCGCAAAAUUACAGUGGCCCGGAGGAAGAAAAGAGUGCCGAAAUCGUUAAAGGUGCCAACGGUGUCGUUAGUAAGCAAUCGAACGAAGGAAACGCACAGCACAACGUAGUCGACUCACCAUUCCUCAAAGCGAUUGAACGAUGCUGCAUCAAUGAUGGAUUACCGCCUAGUCGUGAUUCUAGCGAGUAUCAGAACGGGUUCCCUUCGCUGAAAGUGUCUGCGACUAAACCAACCGCACUGAGACACUCACGAAACUUUAGACCGUACUGUGACCAUUUCAUCUCGGACGAAUUGCGCGAACUGGCGGAGGAUGUGGUGGUGAAGUUGUUUAACUUUCAAACGAAAGCGUACGCCAAAAAUCCCAUCAAAGCCGUUGCUAAUAAGCGUUUCGUGGUGGGAUUCAAUGAGGUGUUGAAGCUGUUAGAGUUACGCAAAGUGCGCCUGGUGCUGGUCGCACCGGAUCUCGAGCCAAAUGAAACCAUCGACCAGAUGGUGAACAACGUGAAGCUUCUCUGUCGCCAAAGUCAGGUACCGUACCUGUUCGCGCUAAAGCGCAGAAAGAUCGGAUUCCAUCUGCUGAAGAAGGCACCGAUCAGCUGCGUCGGAGUACUGAGCUACGCCGGGUGUGAAGAUACCGUAAAGCAGAUGCUUUCCGUAGUGGAGCAAGAGCGCGAAAGCUAUCGCAAUUUGAUGGUCGAUGCACCAUGUUGAGUGCGGCUUCGGUGGCAUUUUUCGUUACAUUCAGCGAAUGUACGGAUGCCCGAUGCUUGGCAUUUGAUUUGGAAGAUAAAAACAUAUUCUAGUCAUUCCACGGGUUGUUGCGUGUAGCGCAAACUCGAGAGAACACACAAAUAAUCCACGUUCCAUCCCCGUAAGAAAAGCAUACUCUCGUCUCUUAACUAACAACAUUUCUAUCACCUCCUAUUUAAUGUGAGUGUUAUAUCAUCCAUAUGCGCAUUAGCAGAGAAAUGGGGGGAAAGGAUAACACAAGCCACUGAUCGUUCGUGUGCGACAGGGUACAAACUUUCUACCAUUACUUGACAUAAUAAACGUGCAAUA